CUGGCAGCAGUCCUUCAGAAAGCUCCAGGAAUUUCUCUGCCAGCUCCUCAUCCAACUUCCAGUUUGCCCGCAGCAGGGCAGAUGGGCGGAGGUGGUCUGUGGCAUCUGGUCCUUCAUCUGGAUACUGCACCAAUGAACCCAGUUCAUCAGUUUCUGCAACAGCCCAGAUGGAGGGGCGACUGCUUGAUAUUAUUUCUGAGUAUUCUCCAGACACGGCUCUCCCUCUGGCUGAUGGAGUCCUGGGAUUUAUUCAACACCAGCUAGUGGAGCUUGUCAGAGACUGUCUGGACAAGUCCCAGAAUGGCCUGGUCACCUCCAGCUACUUUGUGGAGCUUCAGGAGAAACUAGAGAAACUGCUGCAUGAGGCUUAUGAGCGUUCAGAGAGUGAGGAGGUGACGAUCAUCAUAAAGCUGGUGAAGAAGAUUCUCAUCAUCAUUUCCAGGCCUGCCAGGCUGCUGGAGUGUUUGGAGUUUGAUCCAGAGGAGUUUUACCAACGUUUGGAGGCUGCAGAGGGCCAAGCCAAAGUGGGCCAGGUCAUAAAAACGGAUAUUCCCAGAUACAUAAUCAGCCAGCUUGGCCUCACCAAAGAUCCUCUGGAAGACAUGGUCAAUCUAGAGUCGACGAGUCCAGGUCAGAGAGCAGCCAGCAUCGAGUCUGAUGACUCGAGGGAGGCAACACCUGUACAGAGCCGAGCACCCUGCACCCCCCCUCGCAGGAAACCUCUGGAGAGUGACUUUGAGACUAUAAAGCUCAUUAGUAAUGGCGCCUAUGGAGCUGUGUAUCUGGUACGACACAAGGAAACGCAUCAACGUUUCGCCAUGAAGAAGAUCAAUCGGCAAAACCUGAUUCUUAGGAACCAAAUCCAACAAGUGUUUGUAGAGAGAGACAUCCUGACCUUUGCUGAAAACCCAUUUGUGGUUUCCAUGUACUGUUCUUUUGAGACGCGAAGGCAUCUCUGCAUGGUCAUGGAAUAUGUUGAAGGUGGGGAUUGUGCCAACCUGCUGAAGAACAUUGGUCCUCUUCCUGUGGACAUGGCCCGGAUGUAUUUUGCAGAAACCGUCCUUGCUUUAGAGUACCUUCACAAUUAUGGCAUUGUACACAGAGACCUCAAACCUGACAAUUUGUUAAUCACCUCUAUGGGACACAUAAAGCUGACAGACUUUGGACUGUCCAAAAUUGGCCUAAUGAACAUGACAACCAACUUGUAUGAAGGACACAUUGAAAAAGAUACCAGAGAAUUUAUUGACAAGCAGGUGUGUGGUACUCCAGAGUARAUUGCUCCUGAGGUAAUCUUGAGGCAGGGGUAUGGGAAACCAGUGGAUUGGUGGGCCAUGGGCAUAAUCCUUUAUGAGUUCCUUGUGGGAUGUGUGCCCUUCUUUGGAGACACACCAGAGCAGCUCUUUGGUCAAGUAGUUAAUGAUGAGAUCAUCUGGCCAGAAGGAGAGGACGCUUUGCCAAUUGAUGCCCAGGAUCUUAUCACCCGACUUCUAAAGCAGAACCCUUUGGAGCGUCUUGGGACAGGUGGGACCACAGAGGUGAAGAUGCACAUGUUCUUUCAGGGCCUGGACUGGAACGGUCUUCUGAGGCAGAAAGCUGAGUUCAUACCUCAGCUGGAGACAGAGGACGACACCAGUUACUUUGACACACGAUCAGAACGCUACUGUCAUGUGGCCUCAGAUGAAGAUGAUGAAACAAACGAUGAUGAAUCAUCUCUGGAGCUCCGACAGUUCUCCUCUGUUGCCCACCGGUUCAGCAAGGUGUACAGCAGCACGGAGCACCUGUCCACUUCCACCCCAUCCAUUCAGAGUCUGUCCUCAUCAGAGCAAAGCCACAGUGAGGAGAAGGAGGAGCGAUGGGAAGGCAGGGGAGCCCRCUCCCAUGCUGAGGGACACAGACUGUUGGCUGGUGGAGACAAGAGGGUGGAUGGACACAGGGGCAGAUGAUUCAUCUGGGCGUCCUCUAAGCCCCAAAUCGUCUUUGUCGCUGUCAUCUAACCCUUCAUCCAGGGAUUCCUCUCCCAGUCGGGACCUGUCCAUCAGCAUCAGCUGUCUCAGGCCUCCAGUCGUCAUCCACAGCUCUGGGAGGAGGUUUGGCUUUGCUCUGCGAGCUAUCAGAGUAUACAUGGGAGACAGUGAUGUUUACACUGUCCACCACAUGGUGUGGUGUGUUGAAGAUGGAAGUGCAGCACAUGAGGCAGGACUGAGGGCCGGGGACCUCAUCACUCAUGUCAACGGGGAGUCAGUCCAGGGACUGGUUCACACUGAGGUGGUGGAGCUACUGCUCAAGAGUGGAAACAAGGUGACCCUGCAAACAACAGCCCUUGAGAACACUUCCAUCAAGGUGGGACCUGCCAGGAAACCAAGCUACAAAACGAAGAUGGCCCGACGCAGCAAAAGGAGCAAGAAAAAAGAUGGACAAGACAGCACACGACGACACAUCUUUAAGAAACUAUCGAAGCAUGCGGCCCCAGCACCUCUGCAGAGCAGUCGCAGCUUCUCUUCAGGCUUCCAGCAGUCGUCCAGUGACAGCCUGUCUGGUUCACCAACACACAGCCUGUCUCCUGGGCCUUCCACACCGUGUCGCUCCCCGGGCCCUGACCACUCAGGAGAUUCCAGUUCCUCUCCUUGCUCUAGUUCUCCAAACUCACCUGUACCUCAGGCUCGUCCGAGCUCCCUUCAUGUUCAUGGGCGCUAUACCAAAGCCAGUCGCUGUAAGUCCACUGGCAGUAUCCCUCCUUCACCWCUGGCCUGUAUCCCACCCCCUCAGCCCCUCUCUCCACAGUGCUCUCCAUCCUGUCUUCAGACUCAUCCCAAACCCCUUCAGAGUUUUCAUGGGAAGACAGCGUCUCCCCCCACUGUGGCCCGUCACUCCAUGCAUCCCAGGAGCGUAGAACCGCUGCGCUCGCCACUGCUGAAAAGAGUCCAGUCAGCAGAGAAGCUGACUGGAGACAAGGCAGGUCUGGGGACUUACCAUGGUGAGAAGAAGGGUUACAGCACUCGCUGCUAUACCAUGGAGAUGCCUCU